AUGUUCACCAUGGACAUGGACUUUGAGAGCUAUCACAACUACGCCUUUACUUUGCAAAAGUAUCUGCAUCUGCAGCAGCAGCACGAGCAGCUCUGCAACAACCUCGAGCAGAUCCGCCCGCGAACGGCCUCGACCGGCACCCUGUCCACCAUCUCGUCGCCCAGCACGUCGCCCGUCCGCUCCUCCAUCCUCACCUCACAACGGCGCCACUCGCGAUCCGGAGGCCCGCGCCGGGGGUCCAGACAGCCGCGCCAGAACGGCUGGGAGGACCAGCUCGACACCAUCGUCGACGAAGAGACCAUCUACCAGAUUUCCGCCGAGGAGCAGCGGCUCUUUGACGUCAACGAGAGCAUCAAGCGGGCCUUGACGGAGCUGCUCAACUGCGAUGCCGUCCGCAACGACAUGACGACGCGCAUGUGGGCUCAGGCCCGGCUGAUGGAGACGGAGAAGGAACUGCGGUCGGGGCGGCGGAGGCGAAGCUCCCCAAGCCGGGAGUGA